AGGUAGAUUAUAAACAGUUCGUAAAGUUGCUGUUUCCGGAAGCGUAGAAGAAUAUAUGCAAUACUCUGUACUACACUUUCAAAAAAUUCCAGUUCCAGGUGAUAUAACCUUCUUGAGAUAUCACUGCUCGUUUGUGACGAAUUAAAACGAGUGGUUUGCGCCCAAUGCGCAAUGGCCUUGCUGAUAGAAAAUUAUUGGAACACUUGGAGGUACAGCAAUGCACCAGAGGGUGAGAAGCCGAUUGAAAAAGUACUUGGGCUCAGCAAGUAUGGAUUACUUACCGGCCUCGGUGUCGGUGCAUACGAUUGCAUACAUUUAUCCCAAGCCUAUACGUUUUGGAAUUCGGUGAAUUGUUUGUGCUAUUGGACGCUACCCUUCACUGCUAUGUGCGCCACUUUCGCAUCAGUGGCUUAUACAACGACAAAGUUACGGGGCAAAGAUGGCUAUAUUAACUACAUUGCGGCUUCGUUUGCUACAACCGGAGUAUUUUACCAGUGGCAGAAAAGCGGCAGGGCCGCGUUUUCCUACGGCACAUUAUUGACAAUGCUUGCCAUGGUUAAAAAGUUCGGCGAUUUUGAGAAUUGGAAACCGAUUCCUUUUGAUGAUUUCCUUGAGACUGCGAGAACCCAACAUACUACAAUACCUAUUGAUUGGACAUUCAUCAAGGAUCCUAGGGGACCUAGGCCUUGGGAGUGAAUAUCUUACGCGUGCCUGAAGGAAUUAGUUUAAAUUGUAUUAACAUAUGAAAAACAACAAGAGAGAGAGCGAUGGUACAUUGCAAAGUGUUGUACAAUAUAAUGGCAAUGUUAUGAAAGAAUACGAGAAACCUGUCUGCUUUCAUCAUGUGUAUUUAUUCAGGUUCUAGUACAGAGAGAAAAAUAAAAAGGGAUUACAAAGAGAAA